AACAGCAGCGCGCGCUCUUUUACUCCCACUGCAAGUAUGGCUGGAGACAGCGAAAUACAUCAUACCACCCAAAAGCCUUUCCUCAUCGGUGUGACCGGAGGUACCGCCAGUGGAAAGUCCUCAGUAUGCGAGAAGAUCAUGGAGCUCUUGGGCCAGAAUAAAAUUGACCAUCAUCAUCGGCAGGUGGUCAUCCUCAGUCAAGACAGCUUUUAUAAGGAGCUCACUCCUGAACAGAAGGCAAAAGCGCUCAAGGGCCAGUUCAACUUUGAUCAUCCAGAUGCUUUUGACAAUGAUCUCAUCAUGAAUACUCUGUGCGACAUCCUUCACGGGAAGACCGUGCACAUCCCCGUUUAUGACUUCGUGACUCAUUCCAGGAAGGAUGAGUUUGUGACGGUUUAUCCUGCAGAUGUGGUUCUUUCUGAGGGAAUUCUCAUGUUCUAUUUGCAAGAGAUUAGAGAUCUGUUCCAAAUGAAGCUGUUCGUAGAUACCGAUCCAGACACAAGACUCUCACGAAGAGUGUUGCGGGACAUUGGUGAGAGAGGCAGAGAGUUGGAACAGGUUCUAACCCAGUACAUCACUUUCGUAAAACCAGCCUUUGAAGAGUUCUGUCUUCCUACCAAAAAGUAUGCAGAUGUCAUCAUCCCUCGUGGAGCAAACAAUCUAGUGGCUAUUAACCUGAUUGUGCAGCAUAUACAGGAUAUCCUGAACGGAGGAUUCUCCAAACGACAUGAAACACCCAGACAAUGGCAGACGUCUGAGUCCAGUAGACCUCACUGACCUCACUGUGGCUUCUCCCGCCAUUGAGGAGAGGGUGGGACUGAAUAAUAACAGUGGUCAUCCCUUUUGUCAAAUGAAAAAUGAGGGAUGCAUAGCUGAAAAUCCUUUGUUAUUGUUACUAUUAUUUGCAUUUGAAAUUUUGUUUUUAUAGAUAACUGUUUGCUUUUACAGUUUUUUUUCUGGGGAUUUCGAAGGUGCUGUCUAAUUGUAAGGUUUGAUUAUACACUCACCUGUCCUGUCAGUGUAUCCAUAUACUUUCUCAACUACUCGACAAUAAAUGAAUAGUAUGAAAUGUUUUUCAGACUGGAAGUAGAGACACCAUCACAGUGCCAUUAGCACAUACUUGAAGUCAGAGCUCAGGUUGGGUGGGUUUUCCAUCUGCAAAGAAAGAAAACCUAGGACCUCAUAUUUGAGGGCCCUUUAUGUGUGUAUGAGUGAGUUAAGUGUGUCUGUUACAUUCUAUUUCUCACAUUUGAUUUAUUUUUUUGUUGAAUCCCAGUGUUUUUUACUUGGUUCUUUUCUAACAAAGAUACUGUACAUGAUACUUUAAGAUACAGUUUUAUAUGUCCGUGCCUGUGAGGUGGGAAUUGAAAGCAGAACGUGAGCUUUCUGUAAAACGAUUAUUUAGUGAUUUUACCCACAAUAUUCCAUAUACCCUUUAGAAUAAUGUUUGAUACACAGUGACUAGCAUCACGUUAAACCUCAUCAAAUCAGGGAUUGUGGUUAGAUCUCUAUGAUUUAACUGUUAAGUGUUUAAUAAAACACCUCUAAAUGACAAUUAUCUUCAACAUUAAGAGAUACAGUAUAUAUUAAUGCAUUAUCGCAUGUAAAACAAUACUAUCAGUAUGCCUCACUGAUCACUUUUCCCCCCUUCCUACUUGUGGGCCUAUUUUAUUCCAUGAAUUUUAACCGUGUGCGCUUUAUGAUCUAGUUUUGUAGACGAAUUAUGUAUUAUGAUGUGAAAAUAAUAAAAUUAUUUUAAAAUCCUG